ACCCGAGCGGCCCUGCUGGCGCCUUGCGUAGGGAGCAGCCAGAGCGCGCGUGUCUCUUCGGCGCUCUCUGCAAGUCCUUGCAGGCGCUGCACGGCUGGGGGGCACUUACGCGGAGCAGACACGUGCUUCCCGGCGUCCGGAACCCCUCUCGCCUCCUCCUCUUGUAUAUUGUAGUUAUUUGCUUCCCUCCCGGGGCUCCACGACAAGGCAGCAAUGGGCCACCAAGGUUUCUGGCUCAGCCACUUGCCACGGAUCUGAGCACUCUGGGGAGAGAAAGAGACAAAGGGCCUGUCUGAAUGAAUGUGCUCCUGACUUGCGGGAGAGGAAGGAGUCGAGAGGGGGCAAAAGUGAUGGCAGCAAGAGCAGGGCUGUGAAAGCUGAAAUUCCUCAGCCCUGCCGGGAGUACUCGCCCUGGCUACUCAGGGUUUGCAGCUCAGCCCUUUUGCUAGACUGACUUCCUCAAGUUGCAUUCUCCACUUCAACAAUGGAUAACUUCUACGCAGAGGGAUCACGGGUCUGGUUACGAGAAAAUGGUCAGCGUUAUCCAAGCACAGUACAUUCCUGUGCAGAGGGAGUUGUUGUAUUCAGAACAGAUUAUGGUCAGGUAUUCACUUACAAACAGAGUACAAUCACACAUCAGAAAGUUACAGCUAUGCAUCAAACAAGUGUGGAGAGUGUGGAAGACAUGGCAGCACUUGUAGACCUCCACGAGGGCUCCAUCAUGCACAAUUUAUUCCAGCGAUAUCAACAAAAUAAAAUCUAUACGUAUAUUGGUUCCAUUGUUGCCUCUGUGAACCCCUACAAAAUCAUUCCGGGACUGUAUGACCACACUGCAGUAGAGCAAUAUAGCAAGCACCACGUGGGGGAAAUUCCACCUCAUAUCUUUGCUGUCGCUAACGAGUGCUACCGCUGCCUAUGGAAGCGUCAUGACAACCAGUGUGUUCUCAUCAGUGGUGAAAGUGGUGCCGGUAAGACAGAAAGCACUAAGCUGAUUCUCAAAUUCUUAUCCGCCAUGAGCCAACAUUCGCUGGAAUUGUCCUGUAAAGAAAAGACCUCCUGUGUGGAGCAAGCGAUUCUUGAGAGCAGCCCAAUUAUGGAAGCUUUUGGCAACGCGAAGACUGUUUACAACAACAACUCGAGCCGCUUUGGGAAAUUUGUUCAACUGAACAUCUGUCAGAAGGGAAACAUCCAGGGAGGAAGAAUUGUAGAUUAUUUAUUAGAAAAAAACCGUGUGGUAAGGCAGAACCCUGGGGAGAGAAAUUAUCACAUAUUCUAUGCACUAUUGGCAGGGAUAGAAGAGGAAGAGAAAGAUGCAUUUUACUUAUCUCUACCAGAGCACUACCACUAUUUGAAUCAGUCUGGAUGUAUAGAAGAUAUGACAAUCAAUGACAAAGGCUCCUUCAAAGAAGUCAUUACUGCAAUGGAAGUGAUGCAGUUCAGCAAGGAGGAGGUGCGAGAAGUUCUUAGGCUGCUAGCUGGCAUUCUGCAUCUAGGGAACAUUGAAUUUAUCACUGCUGGUGGGGCACAGGUGUCCUUCAAAACAGCUCUGAGUAGAUCUGCAGAGUUACUUGGGCUGGACUCAACACAACUGACUGAAGUAUUGACACAGAGAUCAAUGAUACUCAGGGGAGAAGAAAUCUUAACACCUCUCAGCAUACAACAGGCGGUGGAUAGCAGAGAUUCUGUGGCAAUGGCACUUUACUCCCAGUGUUUUGCAUGGGUUAUUAAAAAAAUCAACAGCAGGAUCAGAGGCAAAGAAGAUUUCAAGUCCAUCGGAAUUCUAGAUAUAUUUGGAUUUGAAAACUUUGAGGUUAAUCGUUUUGAGCAGUUCAAUAUUAACUAUGCAAAUGAAAAGCUUCAGGAAUAUUUCAACAAGCACAUUUUUUCCUUGGAGCAACUGGAAUAUAGCAGAGAAGGACUAGUUUGGGAAGAUAUUGACUGGACAGACAAUGGAGAGUGCCUGGACCUUAUUGAAAAGAAACUUGGUCUGCUAGCACUGAUCAAUGAAGAGAGCCAUUUUCCUCAAGCAACUGACUCCACCUUGUUGGAAAAGUUACACUCCCAACAUGCUAACAAUUCCUUUUAUGUGAAACCAAGAGUCGCUGUUCACAACUUUGGAGUGAAACACUACGCCGGUGAGGUCCAGUAUGAUGUCAGAGGAAUCUUAGAGAAAAACAGAGAUACUUUCAGAGAUGAUCUCCUAAACUUGUUACGUGAAAGCAAAAUUGAUUUUAUUUAUGAUCUGUUUGAACACACUUCAAGUCGCAACAACCAAGACACCCUUAAAUGCGGAAGUAAACACCGGAAGCCCACUGUCAGCUUACAGUUCAAGGACUCAUUGCACUGCUUAAUGGCAACAUUAAGUUCCUCUAAUCCAUUCUUCGUUCGAUGUAUCAAGCCAAAUAUGCAGAAGAUGCCGGAUCAGUUCGACCAGACUGUGGUGCUUAACCAGCUACAUUAUUCUGGGAUGCUGGAGACAGUGAGGAUACGAAGGGCUGGCUUUCCAGUGAGAAGACAGUUUCAAGAUUUUUAUAAAAGGUAUAAAGUCCUAAUGAGAAAUUUGACUCUGCCUGAAGAUUUAACAGAGAAAUGUGCCGUCCUUCUUCAUCUGUAUGACAAUACAUGUACAGAAUGGCAGCUUGGAAAAAAUAAGGUCUUUCUUCGGGAGUCCUUAGAAAACAAGCUGGAGAAGCAAAGAGAGGUAGAAAUUACCAAGGCAGCCAUGAUUAUCCGUGCAUAUGUCUUAGGCUAUAUGGCACGAAAGCAUUAUAAAAAGGUGCUUUACUAUGUGGUUGUGAUACAGAAGAACUACAGGGCAUUCCUUCUAAGGAGACAGUUCCUUCACCUGAAGAAAGCUGCCAUAACCUUCCAGAAGCAGCUGCGAGGCCAAAUUGCUCGACGUAUUUAUAGACAGCUCCUGGAGAAGAAACAGAAAGAGGAGGAGAAGAGGAGGAAAGAAGAGGAGGAAAGAGAAAGGCAAAGGCAAGAAGCAGAAUGGCUUGCCCAGCAGGCCAAGGAGGAGAGGAAGCAGCAGGAUCUGGCAGCCAUUCAAAAAGCCCAGAAGGAAGCAGAGCUGAAGCAAGAACUUCAGAAGCAGAAAGAAAAUAAACAAGUGGAAGAAAUCCUGCGCCUGGAGAAAGAGAUUGAAGACCUGCAACGCAUGAAGGAGCAGCAAGAGCUAUCCUUGACAGAGGCUUCCUUGCAGAGGCUACAGCAGCUCCGAGAUGAGGAACUCAAACGGCUCGAGGAUGAGGCAUGCCGAGCAGCUCAGGAAUUCCUGGAGUCUCUGAACUUUGAUGAGAUUGAUGAAUGCGUCCGAAACAUUGAGCGAUCACUCUCUGUGGGGAGUGAUUAUUCUGCCACGCUCAGUGAACUGACUGGGAAUGCAUGCAGUGAAAAGCCCAACUUUAACUUCAGCCAGCCAUACCCUGAAGAGGAAGUGGAUGAGGGCUUUGAAGCUGAUGAUGACACAUUCAAGGAUUCACCCAAUCCAAGUGAGCAUGGCCAUUCAGAUCAGAGAACGAGUGGCAUUAGAACAAGUGAUGACUCUUCAGAAGAGGAUCCUUAUAUGAAUGACACAGUGGUGCCCACAAGCCCUGCUGCUAGCAACACUAUGCUUAUUGCUGCCGGCCACCACUCUCUCAGUCUCCACAACUCUUCGAGUGGUGAAUCCACAUACUGCGUGCCAGAGAGUGUAUCUUGCAGACCCCAAAAUUCUGAAGAACUAAUUUCUCCGGAAGGGGAUUAUGAUUAUGAUCAAGAUGACUAUGAAGAUGGUGCCAUCACUUCAGGCAGCAGCAUCACCUUCUCUAAUUCUCAAAGUAGCCAGUGGUCUCCUGACUACCGCUGCUCUGUGGGGACGUACAACAGUUCCGGAGCAUACAGGUUCAGUUCUGAAGGAGCCCAGUCAUCCUUUGAAGACAGCGAAGAAGACUUUGACUCCAGGUUUGAUACAGAUGAUGAACUUUCCUAUCGGAGGGAUUCUGUCUAUAGUUGUGUCAGCCUGCCCUACUUCCACAGCUUUUUAUACAUGAAAGGUGGUUUAAUGAACACAUGGAAGCGUCGCUGGUGUGUCUUGAAAGACGAGACCUUUCUGUGGUUCCGUUCCAAGCAGGAGGCUCUCAAACAAGGCUGGCUGCAUAAAAAGGGAGGUGGAUCAUCUACACUUUCCAGAAGGAACUGGAAGAAACGCUGGUUUGUCCUCAGACAGUCCAGGCUCAUGUACUUUGAAAGUGACAAUGAAGAAAAGUUGAAGGGCACCAUUGAAAUCCGAACCGCCAGAGAGAUUGUUGAUAAUACCGGUAAAGAAAAUGGGAUUGACAUAGUAAUGGCCGACCGGACCUACCACUUGAUUGCUGAGACUCCUGAAGAUGCUAGCCAUUGGUUCAGUGUGCUGAGUCAAGUCAAUGGUUCCACAGAACAGGAGAUCCAGGAGAUGCAUGAUGAGCAGGCAAACCCACAGAAUGCUGUGGGCACAUUGGAUGUUGGACUGAUUGAUUCUGUAUGUGCUUCUGACAACCCAGAUAGACCCAAUUUAUUUGUGAUCAUCACCGCUAAUCGUGUUCUCCACUGUAAUGCUGAUACCCCUGAAGAGAUGCAUCACUGGAUAACACUGCUGCAGAGAUCAAAGGGAGAUACCAGAGUGGAGGGUCAAGAAUUCAUAAUAAGGGGAUGGUUACACAAAGAAGUGAAAAACAGCCCAAAGAUGUCUUCGUUAAAGCUAAAGAAGCGCUGGUUUGUCUUAACACACAAUUCUUUGGAUUACUACAAGAGCUCAGAGAAGAAUGCCCUGAAAUUGGGUACCCUAGUCCUGAAUAGUCUCUGCUCUGUGGUACUGCCUGAUGAGAAAAUCUUUAAAGAGACAGGCUUCUGGAAUGUAACUGUGUAUGGGCGCAAGCACUGCUACCGUCUCUAUACAAAACUACUCAAUGAGGCCACCCGCUGGUCAAGUGCCAUCCAGAAUGUGACUGACACAAAAGCACCAAUUGAUACACCAACUCAGCAGCUUAUUCAAGAUAUUAAGGAGAACUGCCUGAACUCAGAUGUUGUCGAACAGAUUUAUAAGAGAAACCCUAUUCUCCGUUACACGCAUCAUCCACUGCACUCUCCAUUACUACCAUUGCCAUAUGGCGAUAUUAAUCUAAACUUGCUGAAAGACAAAGGCUACACAACACUUCAGGAUGAAGCCAUCAAGAUAUUUAAUUCUCUGCAGCAGCUAGAAUCCAUGUCUGAUCCAAUACCUAUAAUCCAGGGUAUCCUUCAGACAGGGCAUGAUUUACGACCCCUUCGAGAUGAGCUCUACUGUCAACUUAUCAAACAGACUAACAAAGUACCUAACCCAGGAAGUGUGGGGAAUCUGUACAGCUGGCAGAUACUCACCUGCAUGAGUUGCACAUUCCUGCCCAGUCGUGGUAUCCUCAAGUAUCUGAAAUUCCACCUCAAAAGGAUUCGUGACCAGUUUCCAGGAACAGAAAUGGAAAAGUAUGCCCUCUUCACUUAUGAAUCUCUCAAAAAAACUAAAUGCAGAGAGUUUGUGCCAUCGCGGGAUGAAAUAGAAGCCUUGAUCAGAAGACAGGAAAUGACAUCUACAGUUUAUUGCCAUGGUGGUGGUUCCUGUAAAAUCACAAUCAACUCCCAUACCACAGCUGGAGAGGUUGUUGAAAAGUUAAUCCGAGGCUUAGCCAUGGAGGAUAGCAGAAAUAUGUUUGCCUUGUUUGAGUAUAAUGGAACUACUGACAAAGCAAUUGAAAGCAGGACCAUUGUGGCCGAUAUUUUGGCAAAGUUUGAAAAGCUUGCUGCCACUUCAGAUGCUGGGGACGUGCUAUGGAAGUUCUACUUCAAGCUUUACUGCUUCCUGGACACAGAAAAUGUGCCAAAAGACAGUGUGGAAUUCGCAUUUAUGUUUGAGCAGGCUCAUGAAGCAGUGAUUAGAGGACACUACCCUGCUCCUGAAGAAACCCUCCAGAUCCUUGCUGCCUUGCGACUCCAGUAUCUACAAGGAGACUACAGUCUCCAUACCACCAUCAUGGAAAUAGAAGAAGUCUAUCCCUUACAAAGGCUAAAAUCUCAUAUUAUACAGUCUACUAAAAUGUUUACCCCAACAGAGAGGAUUGAGAGGAAGCGAGCCAGCUUUCUUGAAGGAACAUUGAGGAGGAGUUUCCGGAGUGGUUCCAUCAGUAAACAGAAGAUGGAGGAGGAGCAGAUGUUGGAUAUGUGGAUCAAAGAGGAAGUCUCAGCUGCAAAGACUAGUGUUAUCGACAAGUGGAAAAAAUUUCAGGGAAUGAACCAGGAACAGGCUAUGGCCAAAUACAUGUAUCUGAUGAAGGAGUGGCCUGGCUAUGGGUCAACGCUCUUUGAUGUGGAGUGUAAAGAAGGAGGCUUCCCACAAGAACUCUGGUUGGGAGUCAGUGCUGAUGCAGUUUCUGUGUACAAGCGUGGGGAAGGCAGGCCUUUGGAAGUUUUCCAGUAUGAACAUAUCUUGUCCUUUGGGGCACCACUAGCCAACACGUACAAGAUUGUGGUGGAUGAGCGAGAACUACUUUUUGAGACCAGUAAGGUGGUUGACAUUGCAAAAUUGAUGAAAGCUUAUAUAAGUAUGAUUGUGAAAAAACGUUACAGCACCUCUCGAUCAGUGAGUAGCCAUGGGAGUCAAAACAGCUCCAGAUGAAAACAGAACCAGUCUCACUGUGCCAUUAUCAUCAGAACAUAUCACUCGUGGCCCAUUGAUGGCCUGAAAAUACUGAUCAGAGUUGUCAACAAGCUACCCAAGAAACAGAAUUUUUGGGAAAAUUGCCAAGCAAAGCUUUUUCCAAGAGGCCUCUGUAAAAUAUCAACGUUAAUAACAACAUACUAAAAACUUCUGACUAACCUUCUUCAAAAUUCUGAAGCUUUAUUACUUUUAGAUGACAUAUUGUAUGCCUUAAAACUUAGUACACUGCCAUUCAAGCAGUAAGAAGUGCCUUAAGAUAUUAAAACCACCUUGUAUUUACAUAAAUUGUGUU